UUUCCAACAACUAACAAGCCCUGACACUUCGACAUCAUGGCGUAGCGAUGUGGACGGACGGGGGUAACACUGGUUGGCACGGAGAAGUUCAGAAACUGAGCAUUGUGGAGGUUUUGUAAACAGUAGAGAAAACAAACUGAAGGAAAUCCCGAAAUCUCGUCGAGCAGACUUCCGGUUAAUCCGUGACUAAAGAUGAUGGCUGAUGCCAGCGACAUGUUGGCCGCCGCCCUGGAGCAGAUGGAUGGCAUUAUAGCAGGCUCCAAGGCUCUGGACUACUCCAAUGGGAUGUAUGACUGCCAGUCUCCUACCUCUCCCUUCAUGGGCAGCCUGCGGGCACUUCACCUUUUGGAAGACCUCAGGAGCGUCCUGGAGUUGAUGGACACCGAUGAAAGGGAAAGUCUACGCUGCCAGAUCCCCGACUCCACAGCUGACAGUCUGGUGGAGUGGCUCCAAGGUCACCUGUCUAACGGGCACAUCUCUCUGAGCGGGGGCGACCACUACCAGGAGAGGCUUUCCAGAAUCGAAACUGAUAAGGAGUCUCUGGUCCUUCAGGUGAGCGUGCUGACAGACCAGGUGGAGGCUCAGGGAGAAAAGAUCAGAGACCUGGACCUGUGUUUGGAAGAGCACAGAGAGAAACUCAAUGCCACAGAGGAGAUGCUGCAACAGGAGCUUCACUGCAGAAGUACUCUGGAGAACCAGAAGCUGGAGCUGAUCUCUGAAGUGUCCAACCUGAAGCUGAAGCUGAACUCCAUGGACAAGGACCGACUGGACUUUGAUGACAGAUUUAGAGACAGUGAGGAUUUGAUUCUUGAGAUUAAUGAACUGCGGUACAGAAUGACAGACCUGGAGGGUGAAAAACUGCAGUAUGAAAAGAAACUCAAAUCCACCAAGUUGCUAAUGGCCAAGCUUUCUAGCCUGAAAAUCAAAAUGGGCCAGAUGCAGUUUGAGAAACAGAGGAAGGAGCACAAAGUCCAGGCCAUGAAGGAGGAGCUAGCCAUACUGAGGAGGCAGCUGGAGGGCAGAGACGGAGAAAUGAGGCGACUACAGGACGAGACAGGUUUCAAAGCCAUCGCCUCGAGCAGCUCCGACCCCACAGAGAGAGUCUCUCAUCCAGAUGAAACUCUUAGAAAGAGGCUGAAAGAAAAACAUGUGGAAGUGCAGAGAAUGAAAAAGGCAGUCGAGUCGUUGAUGGCAGCGAAUGAAGAGAAGGAUCGUAAGAUUGAUGAACUAAAGCAGUCGCUGCUGCGGUAUAAGAAAGUUCAAGAAAUGGUGAUGUCAGUGCAAGGGAAGAAAGAGAAAGGCAAAGAUAACGAGUAUUUCGAGGGUAAUGGCGAUGGAUUCAACGAGUUCUUCCUAAACAUCCCGAUGUCUGCCGAGUCGGAGAAGUAUGACGUAUUAGAUGUUGAACUGAAGAGGAGGAGCCCAGAUGAGUUGGAGAUGCUUAAUGGUCAGACUGAAGAGCCUUCACCCUCUCCCAGCCCUUCAGAUCCAGAACGAGUGUCAGAGUCGGCACCAACAGAUGCUGAAAGCUGCCAGGAUCCCAUCAAGAAGGGCAGCCAGGAUCAGAUGGAAAGGAGCAAUAAUGAAAAGAAUGCUAGUGAAGGGAUCAGUAAGAUGAGUGGGAAGCCUCCUGUGGGUUCCUCUGUGGGUUCCUCUGCGACCCUGCCGGCCUCCACAGAGGACGAGAGCUUCGGCUCCAGAAAGGCUCGCUCGUCCUUUGGAAAGGGCUUCUUCAAGCUCCGCGGGGGCAAGAAGACAGGCAGUACUCCUAACCUUGACCGCAGCCGGAGCGCAAGUGCCCCUAUGCUAGCUGAAACGGAGCGACCGGGCACCGACCAUCUGGACCUGGCCGGGCUGCCACAGAGGUCGGCUAACAGCGACAGCACCAACACACUCUCCACGACCCCUGAGGGCAGGAAAAAAGCCAAAGGAAUAAAGAAACUCUUUGGGAAGCUAAAAAGGAGUCAGUCUACCACAUUUAACCUGGAUGACAACCUACCAGAGGGAGACUUUAAGAGAGGCGGAGUGCGAGCCUCAGCGGGACCCAGGCUGGGAUGGUCUCGGGACCUCCAGAAACCCAAUGAGGUUGAUGCUCCCUUUGCGCGCUGGUCGAAGGAUCAGGUGUGCGACUGGCUGCAGGAUCAGGGGCUCGGUCUCUAUGUGAACAUGGCUCGAGUGUGGAUCUCCUCUGGACAGACGCUGCUGCAGGCCUCACAGCACGACCUGGAGAGGGAGCUGGGCAUCAAACACCCGCUGCACAAAAAGAAGCUGCAGCUGGCUCUGCAGGCCCUCGGCUCAGAGGAGGAGAAUAAUAAAGGAAAGCUGGACUACAACUGGGUGACCAGAUGGCUGGAUGACAUCGGUCUGCCUCAGUAUAAGACCCAGUUUGACGAGGGGAGGGUGGACGGUCGCAUGCUGCACUACAUGACAGUGGAUGACGUGCUUUCUCUGAAAGUGGGGAGUGUCCUGCAUCACCUCAGCAUCAAGAGAGCCAUCCAGGUCCUCCGACUCAACAACUACGAGCCAAACUGCUUGCGUCGAAGGCCAUCUGACGAGAACAAUAUUUCUCCAGCAGAGAUCUCCCAGUGGACCAACCACAGGGUGAUGGAGUGGCUGCGCUCUGCGGACCUGGCUGAAUACGCUCCCAACCUGAGAGGCAGCGGAGUGCACGGAGGCCUGAUGGUCCUGGAGCCGCGCUUUAACGUGGAGACCAUGGCUCUGCUGCUGAACAUCCCCCCCAACAAGACGCUGCUGCGCCGCCACCUCGCCACACACUUCAACCUGCUCAUCGGCUCCGAGGCCCAGCAGCUCAAACAGGAGUGUCUUGAAAACCCAGACUACACUCUGCUGACUGCCACCACUAAGGUCAAGCCAAGGAAAAUGUCAUUUGGUAACUUUGGCAGUCUGAGGAAGAAAAAGCACGAAGAGAACGAGGAGUACGUGUGUCCGAUGGAUGUGCAGAUGCCAAAGGGACGAAGCUUUCAGAAAGGCUAUGAGCUCCAAAUCUACGAGGACGACCUCGACAGACUAGAACAGAUGGAGGACUCUGAGGGAACUGUGAGACAGAUCGGAGCUUUCUCUGAGGGUAUUCAAAACCUGACGAGCAUGCUAAAAGACGAUGAAUUCUUCAAAGAGGCUUCCAAUUCACCGAACCCCAGCGUAACAGACGAGGACUCCAUGGCGUGAGGCAGUCGGCACCCCGAGCUCUGGUCCUGCUGAGAAUGAAACUCUGGGCCAACCCCUCCCCACUACUCACAGACUUGGCUCAACAAACUCCAAGAUUGCUCCAACAUUUCAUUUUAGUGUUACAUUCAAAGAUGAGCCUAAAGUAUUACAGUGUCUCCUCCUUUUCAGUUUCAAACGACGGUUUUGUGGCAGCCUACAGUCCUUUCACUCCUGAACUCUGUCUCCGUCAGAGGGAACAUUUAGGGCAUCACCGCUGCCUGCCAGCUGGUUUCUGGAGAUAUUUUCUACUCAGUUGUGUACUGGCACCGUUUAUAUUUAUGAUAGAAGUGUCAACCAGCAGGAUAAAAGACAUCUUAAAUAUGCCAAUAUAGAUUUUAAUAUAUGUCUUGUAAUCUGCCUCCUGAAGGGAUGUGCUGAGACGAUUUUACUCAUUUUUAGAAGGUGGUGUAAAGUAAUAACUCUAAAACAGCUGCUAUGUUUUCUUCAGAACUAAACCCUGCUAUUUACGUGGGAAUGUUCACAUAUGUUAUCCUACGUUGAACAUUUUACAGGUUUUCACUCCAAAGUAAUAUUCUAAAUCUUUUUGCACCAAUACAUAUCGUACAGUACAAAGGCUAUGAGUAACAUUGCAUGGUAAUAACAUUCAACACAUUUAUGUAAGAGCUUUUUGUUUAUUUUAUUGUUUUUUUACCAUAAAUUGAUUUAAAUGGAA